AUGGCUGUUCGAAAUGCAUACUCACUAUACGACGAACGAUUAAUGUGGGAAUACAUUUUUGAGAGAUUGCAAGAUGGAGAUGAAGCUGCUUCGAAACCGAAGGGUUUAAAGUUAUGGAAGAAAUUUGAAGCCACUCAGAAAACGAACAAAACAGCCUCAUCACUUGCUACACACUUUCGUAAAGCAAUGUACGAUCAUAUCGAAGAAGCCAAGAUACCGGUAGAGCAACAGUUAUAUAUUGCAAGUCAACUCGAUCUACGACUCUCGAGACGCCAGCAAAAAAUAAUCGAAUAUAAGGAAAAUAUUUCGAUCACUACAAAUGAUUUUGGUGUCGUGACUAAAUAUGAAAAAGAAGAAAACGAUGAUAUAAAUGAUGAACUAGGUUACGAUGCAUUUGAACUAAAUGGAUCUGUGUCGAAAAUUGCAAAAUUCUCUCGAAAUUCUGACAAUAAUCCUAUAUCAGCGGCAUGUUCGGGGCAUUACAAUCUGCGAAAGCGAAUGAACAUUGAAAACAAUAAGUUACCCAAAAUUCAUAAUCUGGAAGCAGCCAAAGCUAUGGACUUAGUAUAUGAUAAUAGCAACUGUAAUGGCAACCGAAAUGAAGACCGUAAUGACGAUGAUAACCAAAACGAGAUAAUCCAUGUUAGACGGAUGUCGGAUAAUAAAAAAGAAAAUGGAUGUGAGCAAAAGGAAAUAUGCAAGAAUGCAGAAGGAAGUACAUAUGAAAAACAAUUGUUUUCGAAUAAAAUUAAUGGUCGGAGAAUAGGUAAAAGCAAGAAAAUGCUUUUUGUGAAAGAUGAACUUCACAGUGAUUCAAAAGAAAGUGACAUGAAUGUCUCGAAAGAUGAAAUUGGUACUGUAAGCUUUCGCAGCGAAAUCUUAGGGAAUCAAGUUGAAUGUGUAGGAACAAUUAAAGAAUCUGGUAUCAAUCAACGUGCGGAAGUUGCCAACAACAUAAAGAGUUUGGCUGUAAAAAACGAUCAGUUUGCUAUGAAAAUGAUAUCAAACGAAAUCUUAAAAACGACUGCGUGCAGCAACACAUUAACCGGAGUGCUUGACAAAGGAAAGCAAGAACCACCAACCUACGAGAGUAUUAUCGAUGACGAAUUGAAGCAACUAGUUUCUUAUAUUCUGAAUAAGCGACAGCUGAAGGGUGCUGAGAAAAUGAAAGUGGAAAAAAUAUUGGAAUUACGUGCGAAAGAAGCCAAACAAUUUGGAAGUGAUUUGAAAAGUUACCUCAGAAAAAUACAACAGCAGAUGAUGAUUGAAAAAGCUCCAGACACCACAAAGCAGCAUUUGCUCGAUGAUGUUGAAAAGGAAGUGAUUGCAAAAAUACCGAAUUUGGAUAUUGCACAGCUUCGUUUUCUGCUGUCACAUCCUGAUAUUGAUUCGAAUGUAAAGAAAGAAAAAUUGGAAGAACUUAUUGAAAUGAUCAAGAAAAAUGAAAUGGGACCAUAUUACAAACUUGUUUGUGGCGACAUCGGGAUAACAAUGGACGAAUCAUUAUUUACCGAGUUAAAGAGAGCAAAUGAGAAGCGUUUAAAAGAAAUAGACGAUGAGAUAGCAGAUGCAGAGCAAAACUUAGGGGAAAGUGAAGUACGACAAGCUUAUCUUCGCAAAAGCGAAUAUUUAUGUAAAAUUGGUGAUAAAGACGCAGCAGUCGCAUCAUUUAGACAAACAUAUGAGAAAACUGUUGGCAUUGGCUAUAGGAUUGAUCUUAUUUUCAAUCUUAUUCGACUUGGUCUUUUCUUUUUGGAUCAUCAACUGAUAAAUGCAAAUAUUGCUAAAGCAAAAAAUCUUAUGGAGCAGGGUGGAGAUUGGGAGCGAAAAAAUCGUCUUCGAUCCUACGAAGGUCUUUAUAAGAUGUCGGUGAGAGAUUUAAAAGGAGCUGCAGCACUUUUUCUAGAAGCUGUGCCAACGUUCGGUUCAUACGAACUUAUGACCUAUGAACAGCUUAUAUUCUAUACAGUUAUUUCGGCUGUCUAUGCAUUAGAACGUCCUGAUCUGCGCACGAAAGUUAUCAGAUGCAAUGAGAUCCAGGAGCAGCUUACUAGUGGUGGUGAAAACAAUGAAUUGGUAUCUGUAAAGCAUUAUUUGGAGGCUUUUUACGGGUGCAGAUAUGAUGAGCUAUUUGUCGUACUUGCGAAGUUGGAAAGAGAACGAUUAAAAUUUGAUCGUUAUUUAGCACCACAUUAUAAUUUUUAUUCGAGAGCAAUGCGUCUUAAAGCGUAUGAACAAUUUCUCACUCCGUAUAAAACGGUGCGUUUAGAUAUGAUGGCAAAAGAUUUCGGUGUUUCGAAAGAAUUUAUUGACAAAGAGUUACAUCGACUGAUUGCCACUGGUCAGCUGUAUUGCAGAAUAGAUGCUGUCAGGGGAAUCAUAAUAAUGAAUCAUCCUGAUACUAAAAAUCACCUUUAUCAUAGCGUUAUCAGAGACGGUGAUAUCCUGUUGAAUCGUAUACAAAAGCUGGCGCGUGUGAUUAAUGCUUAA